AUGCAGUCAGGGAAGGUUGACCUCCACCUGAUCGUCCCCAUGCUGCUGGCCACAGCAGCGCUGCUCAGCCUAGCCACGGUGCCAACACACUCAAUGCUCAGCUGGCUUCCAUCGGCCCUUCAGACGCCCCUGGGCUUACAGGCAAACAGCCUGAACAACACGUCGGCAAAUUCCCAGAGUUCUCUGCCCAAUCUGAAUGUCAUCUCUUACUGGGGUCAGUCACAGAUCAGAGACAUCUCUCAGUACUAUUUUCAGGCCCUCAAGCAGGACUAUCUGAUUGGAGAUGCCAUGCAGAGAGUUCCAGAAGACGUGACGGAAGUCGACGGUUCUGCCGUGGAAGAUCUGGGAGGCUUGGAGUUUCCGAGACGUCUGUGGGACAGUUCGGGUCUCGUGCCAGAGAUGGACAAGCGCAACUUCUCAUCCAUGCCUGAGUGGGAGUUUGAGGACAUGUAUCGGCGUGAACGGGCCUUCACAACCACAAUGUGUGAGCAGUCUGUACGGAAGCCAGAAGACCCGGAAUACAAGAACGCCCACAUCCCAGACAUCCUGCUCUUCCUGCAGAAAGGGGACGUUAACGUGAGUGAAUGGAACCGCCUCUACCACUUCAACAAUCCGUUUGGCUUCAUGGGAUAUCCGAAUUAUACACUGGUAAAAGAGGCUGUGGAUGUGAUCCCUAAGCUGACGAGCACUCAGCUGCUGCCCGUGCCGAGGGGCGCGAGGGACGGGUGUAUCCGCUGCGCUGUCGUCGGCGCCGGGGGGAUCCUGAACGGCUCCAGGAUGGGAAAGGAGAUUGACUCCCACGACUACGUGUUCAGGGUGAAUGCCGCCAUCACUGCCGGGCAUGAGGAUGACGUGGGAACCAGAACUUCGGUCUAUGUCCACACGGCCCACUCCAUCAUCAGCUCUUUAAUGCUCCACAAGAAGAGAGGCUUCACAGAAGUCCCUCAUGACCAGGGCAUAAAGUAUGUUUUGAUCCCAGAGGCUCCACGAGACUACAACUUCCUCAUCUACUUGAUGAAGAACACAAAGAUACCGUCUGGGCCUUAUCGAGGACGAGCUCCUAGGAAUUAUUACGGCGGCCAUUUUGACGAGCGCUCGUACUACGUCCUCCACCCGGACUUCCUGAGAUACGUGCGGAACAGGUUUCUCAAGGCCAGAAGCCUGACGGGCAGAAGGUGGUACAUGUUCAGGCCAACCAAUGGAGCAUUCACCUUGUUUUUGGCUCUGCACACCUGUGACAUUGUGAGAACAUAUGGUUUCAGCACGCUGGAUCAUAAUAACUACCCCAACUACUACUACGACAGUCAGCACACCAGAAUGGUGUUCUUCGCUAACCAUGACUAUAGAUUGGAAAUGAGGACAUGGAAGAAACUACAUGACAGACGAAUAAUGUGGUUAUAUCAGGGCAAAGCAGGUGACUCAGGGUCAUAA